AUGACAGAUUUAUCAAGUAGCACAUUAUCAGAUUCUCUGGGAUUAUCAGUUGUAAAUGGCUCAGAAUAUAAAGAUGCAGCCAAGACUGUUCACAACAGAUCCUCACCUUUAAUUGCAUCUCAUUUGAAAAUGCAGGCUGAAAAAAUAAAGUCGUUUAGUGCUGCCUUACCGAAAAACCAGGAAACAACCGAUGAUACAAAAUGUUAUCAGUGGAACCAUACAGAUGCUGACACAAACAAGGCUAUAAUUAAUGGACAAAUCAAUUUGCCAUGUUCAAUUAGAAAGAAGAUCUUCAUGAUCUAUAUUUGUGGAGGGUAUCAAGAUUCAGAAGUAGAACGAAAUGCAUUAAUGGAGAAGUCUUUUCCUCGACUGUACUGCUAUUGUAAAGAGAGAGGUUAUGACUUCCAGAUGGUGGACUUGAGGUGGGGAAUAAAAGAUGGUUUCACUAAUGGCCAUCAUAUGCCAUCCCUACAUAUGAAGACAUUAACAAAAUGCCAGCAGAUGGGAUUCCAAACCUUCAUUGUUUUCAUUGGGCAAAAGCAUGAUGAUCCCUCUCUCCCAGAAAUAAUAACCAAGGAGAAUUUUGAGCUAAUCGUAGCCACAGUUGAAAGCAUGAAGCUGAGCACUAAACCAUCAAAGCAUAUCGUGUCUGGUGGCUUGAAGGAAGACUCUCAAGUAGACAAAAAAGAUGACAUUAAAGGUGAUGUUAGUCGAGAUGUCCUGAGCUCUGAGGUACCAACAAAAGAAUGUGAAUCUGAGACAAAAAUCAAGGAAGAAUCGGACAUUCUUUCAAAUGGGCAAAUCUUGCCUAAUGCUUCUCUACUCCCCCAAAAGAAUGCAGCUGCAUAUGAGAGAGAACUUCAGCUUCUUAGUCAAUGGUACAGGAUGGAUGAAAAUUGCAUCCCUGCAGUUUACAGGCUUCAGCCUAUUUGCACAGCAUACAGAGAUAUAUUCAGUAAAGAUCCUGCUCGCAGGCAUCAAGCUAAGAACAAAUGGCUGAUGUCUUUUCGGAAACUUCAUAAGAUAUUUCAGGAAUACGCUCCAGUUGCUCUUGGCCAAGAAGUGGCCACCACUCUGCUCCAAACGGUUCUGCAACAGGAAGUGGAUCAAGGAUUCCAGGUCCAAGGAUCUUGUGAGGAUCACUGCUACUGCUUCAAAAGAAACAUAACUGACCUGGAAUGUGGUCUGUCAAAUCCACAGGCAUCAAAAUAUAUUGACAUCCACCCACUCAAAACAGAGAUCAACAGAACAAUGCAAGAAGCACACCAGGCCUUUGUUAAAAGCAUUCAUUCUAGGAUACGUCACACAAAUAUCUACUGCAAGAAUGUUAGCUGGGGAAGAGAUGGAAUCAACCCCACCAGCAACAGAUCACAUGCCUAUUACCUGGAGUGUCUUUGCAAUGACUUUCAGAAAAUUGCCAUCAACCAGUUCAACAGAGCAAUCAACUCAAAGGAUAUUCCAGAAAGCCUACCUAUGAGAAGAAGACAGACAUUUAAAACUCGUAAUGAUGAAGAAGUUUUGGAACAUAUCCAGCACUGUCAAGCCUUAGUGAAACGUAUAAGAGGAAGAAAAGUGUUUUUGUGCAAGCUGAAGAAUCAGCUUACAUCUUUAAACAGGAGGCUAACUGUAGUGUGUGGAGAGCCUGGAUGUGGGAAAAGUGGGAUCAUGGCGAAAGCAGCUUCUUUGGCAUCUAACUGGAUCUCUGGGGAUCUCAGAGUUGUAAUUCGAUUUAUUGGUGUCACUGGUGAAAGCAGAAAUAUUCGGCUGAUGCUACAAAGUCUUUGCCACCAGAUAGCUGAUAUUUACAAUGUCUCUGUUAAUUUAUCUGAGGAUUUUGAAGGACUGAUGGAAGAGUUUCCCUCUUUACUGAAAUUUUCUACACAAGACAAGCCACUCCUUAUAUGUUUAGAUGGUAUAGAUGAAUUGACUGAGGAAUAUGAUGCAGACCUUUCUUGGAUACCUGCUCAAUUACCGAAGGAUGUGUAUUUUAUUGCUUCUAUGUGCAAAGAAUCAGAUCUUCCAUGCUCAACAAAACUGAAGAAAAUGACAGAGAAAGUGAACCUAGUCCAAAUACCUCCUUUAACACUGGAUGAAAUCAAGGAAAUUAUAAAUUCCUGGUUAGAAGAAGAUCACCGAUGUCUCUCCAAACACCAAUACAUUGGUUUAAUGGAAGCAUGUUCAGCCUGCCCACUGCCACUUUAUGUACACUGUGCUUAUAAGGAGUCUUGCUUAUGGACAUCUUUCAGCCCAGAGACGGAGGUGUGUCUUCCUCAAAACAUACCUGACAUGUAUUCAUUUAUACUGAGCAGAAUGGAAAAAUCCCAUGGGGAACAAGUGGUAAGAAGGAUGGCAAGUUAUGUGUCACUUUCAAGAAAUGGCAUAACUCAGGGAGAGCUGCUGGACCUUAUGUCAAUGGAUGAUGCAGUCACUCAAGAAGUAGCUAAAUUCGAAAAAGCCUCCAUUCCAGCAUUCCCUCUAGUGCUGUGGUUGAAGCUGUUGGAUGACCUUGGAGAGCACCUGAGAGAACAAAGAACAGACAGUACUUAUGUUUUUAAUUGGGCUCAUAAAUCUCUGAAACAUGUCUGCAUGGAGAGAUAUCUCAAAGCACAGGAUUCCCAGGUAGCACUACAUGCUUUCUUUGCAGACUAUUACAUUGGUAGAAUUUCCCAUGGAUUCAGAAAGUGCUGUGAGCCAUCUAUAUUUCAGCCUCUGGCCUGGAUUUUGAAACGAGAAUCCCAGAUCAGUUACAUCUUUAACUUUCGUAAGCUCUUUGGAACUCCAUACCAUCUCAUCAGAUCCAAGAAUAUUACUCUUCUGAUCAAAGAAUGUCUCUUUAAUUAUGAGUUUCUCUUGAACAAAUCCUGGGCUUCAUCAGUUAUCAGUGUUGAAGAGGAUCUAAGAGCAGCUAUCUGUGCAGACAGGAUUCCUGACUUAACUUUGUUAAGUGAAGCCCUCAAAUUAUCGAAGAAGGUUUUGAUGCAUGACCCAUCUCAGAUGGCUUCACAACUGAUAGGUCGUCUUCAUCAGAUUGUGGCAGCAGAUAAGCCAGUGGCCCCAGGUGAUCCCAAAAAGUAUAUCUAUUUGCCAGUUCUUUUGUCCCAGUGUCAGAAAUCUUCCAUUCCUGUUUUCGCACCUUCAACAUCAUGCCUUAUAGCUCCUGGUGGUCUUCUUUGCAACUUUCUGAAAGGUCAUUUGGACCAAAUCACAGCAAUUGGAGAAACCCAGCAGGAAUUUAUUAUUGCAACAGUCUCCAGGGAUGGUACUUUCAAAUUGUGGGAUUUAAGGGUUGGCAAGGUCAUCUUCACUCUACAUAUACUUGAGCAGAAUAUCAGUGCUAUUGCUUUAUGUUUGGAGAACAGAUUGGUGGCUAUGUCUGACAGAACCACCAUCAAAGUCUGGGAUCUUUCUUUGGAAAGAGUGGUGUAUACUGCUGGCGAGUUUUUCGAUACUCCGAUAUUAACAUCUGCAAUGAAUGGACAACUCCUGCUUGUUUUUUUUAAUGGCAAUCACAAGGUUCAGGUCUUUGAUCUCACUUGCUCAUGCCAGUUGCUCCAUGAAGUGUACCUUUCUACAGAAGAAGUGCCUAUCCACAAAAAACGGUCCAUACUGGUGUCGAGGAAUUCAGUCAAGGAUUAUGUUCUGUGUGCCUACAGAGAACCUAUGGAUUCAGAAAUUCCUGGUUUGCAAUGUUCAGCAGUUUUCAUGAGGAAAAAAAAGUCUUGA